GCGGACGCGUCACAUGUAACCACAUCUUCUUAAAACAAAUUGCUUCUUCUUCCCCGCAACCGGCUCCACCAACCUCCCCCGACAGCUGCCCGUGGCGUCCACCACGGCCGGCCCCCUCCUCCGGAACCACAGCCUGCGGCCUCAACGCCGCCACUGCCGCUAACCGCCCACCCCGCCUCCCUCUCUAUUCGGGGUCCCCGUUUCACCCUCACCCUAACACCCCGCCGGGCAGCUCCGGUCGCCGGACAAGAAACAAUCGACGCGGGCGGGGGCUGGUAGCGCAGCAAGUAGAUGGUUCGUUUUUCUUCUUCUGAUCACAGAUUCACGUGCCCCGUGUGAUUCAGAGGCCCCAUCACCUCUCCCGCCUGUCUCCUACAAGGUCUCCCGCUCCUGAUCCUUCCACCGAAGUGAAGGUAUCAUCAAGUACUCACAGAAAUGGACAAGAAGAAAGAAGUCAAUGACAUAGAACCUGGACCAGAUUCUUCUCGGUCCGUGGACAGAUUUGGCUUUAUAAAGACAGAACAAAGUAACUCUCAGGAGGGAGUUCUGAAAAGCAGAUCCACACAUGAACGCGGAAGAGAGGAAAGGAGGAUAAGAAAGUGGAGGAAGAUGAUAGGUGCUGGUGGUAGCGACUGGAAGCAAUAUUGUAGAAGGAAUCCUCAUGUGGUCAAAAGAAGAAUAAGGAAAGGAAUUCCUGAUUGUCUCAGAGGGCUUGUUUGGCAGUUGAUUUCAGGAAGCAGGGACCUCCUGCUAAUGAAUCCUGGUGUUUACGAGACUCUGGUCAUAUAUGAGACAUCAACAUCAGAAUUGGAAAUUAUUCGUGACAUAUCGCGUACAUUUCCAUCUCAUGUUUUCUUCCAACAGAGACAUGGCCCAGGUCAAAGAUCUCUGUAUAACGUUUUAAAAGCGUACUCUGUUUAUGAUAGGGACGUUGGAUAUGUGCAGGGAAUGGGAUUUAUAGCAGGGUUGCUGCUUCUCUAUAUGAGCGAAGAGGAUGCAUUUUGGUUAAUUGUAGCUUUGCUAAAAGGAGCUGUCCAUGCGCCAAUGGAAGGCUUGUAUCAGCCUGGUUUGCCGCUUGUGCAACAAUAUCUGUUUCAGUUUGAGAGAUUAGUUAGAGAGCACAUGCCAAAGUUGGGAGAACAUUUUAUUGAAGAAAUGAUAAAUCCAAGCAUGUAUGCAAGUCAAUGGUUUAUCACGGUUUUCUCAUAUUCCUUUCCAUUUCCUAUGACUCUUAGAGUUUGGGAUGUCUUCCUUUAUGAGGGUAUUAAGGUUGUGUUCCAAGUUGGACUGGCUCUAUUGAGAUUCUGCCAUGAUGACCUGGUCAAAUUGCCUUUUGAGGAACUUUUACAUUCCUUGAGAAAUUUUCCAGAGGAUGCAACUGAUCCAGAUAAACUAUUGCCGAUUGCCUUCUCAUUUAAGGUGUUGAGUCAUCUCGAGGAGCUUGAGAAAGAGUACCGGAAACGAUUGGAGGGUCCCAACGCAAGCUCAAGUAGUAAGCGGCUUCAGCCCCUCAAAUCAAAAUCUAUGCGCAGGGUUGGCAGCCAGGUCUUGUCAAACUCAAAUGUUGGUAAAAAAUAACUGACAAUUCUUGUGCUGCAAACCGAGCCACCUCGUUGUAUAUGCGUUGUAUAGGGCGGCAUUUACUCAUAAUUUUGUUUCGUUUUUGUAAAUCGCCAUAACAGCAAAGGUUCUUGCAUCUUGAUGUUGUAUUUUGUUCUCGUUGCUGGAUGAACUGUAAAUAUUCGUUAUGAGAUGGAAUAAUGUUUCAAUAAUCAUAUUGGGCCUACAUUGCCUUGUUUA